AUGACAUCACCUGUUGACACUACUUUUGUUGAUGUUGAGAAGAUCGGAUUUGAACGAUCAAAAGGUGGUGGUCUCUUCUCGUGGUUAACGUCAUCAGAUCGUGUAGAAGAAGUAGAGGGAUAUGAAUGUAAGGUUUUUAUUGCAAGUAAUGUUGACAUAGUGACGAAGACGCGCACGGAGCAUUUGCUGGAAGAAGAUAAGGAAAGAUUCCGACGUGAAGAGCAUGAAAAUCCUUUGCACACUGUAUUGAAAUUAGCUGAAAAACAUCAGAAAUGUACUAGCGAAAUGAGACAAACGGGAAAUGAUGUGUAUUGCGGAUUAACACCACAACAAUAUUUAGAUAAGAAUUAUUCUAUGAAUAAUCGCGAUAUUGGACUACCGAAGCAGGUGACGAAGAAGACUACUUCAUUCAAAGCUACUUUAUGGCUUUGUGACCAUUACCCACUCGACUUACAGGAUCAGGUAUUACCAAUUAUUGAUCUAAUGGCUGUAAACAAUGCCCACUUCGCUCGGCUGAAGAAUUUUAUCCAACUGCAAUUGCCAGCUGGUUUUCCUGUAAAAAUUGAAAUUCCACUAUUUCAUGUUGUUAGUGCCCGAAUCACAUUUUCGGCUGUAAAUAUACCUGGACCUCAUGUUUCUUACAAUGUUUCAUCAAAUGAAGUAAGUUUUAAUCCAAUUCUUGUAGCGAAAGUAGGGGUUGAAAUGUGGCUUUUAUUAGAACCUCAAAGUUGGGUAAUUGAACCAUAG